AAUCCAAUGAAAUUUGAGGUUUCCCUCAACAAAUUCACUUUCUCCAUAUUCUAAACGUUGAAGAGUAAAAUGAAUACAACUUGAACCAUGCUUGGCGCCACAAAACGCGUUCCUGCAUUCAUCCCUCGUUUCCUACACCCCCUCCGUCAACUCCAUGAAGGCAUCGAACAGAAUAUACAUUUUCACAAAAGCAAAGGCCAACACAUCCUCACAAACCCUCGAAUCCUCGACACAAUCGUCCGAAAAUCCGCCAUAAACCCUACCGACACGGUCCUCGAGAUCGGUCCCGGCACCGGAAACCUCACACUCAAACUUCUAGAAGCUUCCCACGAAGUCAUAGCCAUCGAACUCGACCACCGCAUGGUUCACAUCCUCGAAAAUCGUGCCAUCAAACGCAACCUCCGCAGCAAGCUAAGGGUGAUAACUAAAGAUGCAUUGAGAACAGAGUUUCCACCGUUCGAUCUCGUGGUAGCGAACAUUCCUUACGGUAUUUCUUCACCACUUAUAAUAAAACUAAUAUACGAAACGACACCGUUUCGGAGCGCGACUCUUCUACUUCAGAAAGAGUUCGCUCGAAGAUUACUGGCUAAUCCCGGUGACUCUGAGUUUAACCGGUUAGCCGUUAACGUUAAGCUUUUAGCUGACGUGGAGUUUGUUAUGGACGUUAGCAAGAGAGAUUUUCUCCCGCCACCUAAAGUUGAUUCCUCCGUCGUUAUAAUUCGACCUAAAGUUAACGUUCCCGACGUUAAUCUCCGUCAAUGGAGGGCUUUUACUAGGACAUGUUUUAAUAACAAGAAUAAAACGCUUGGUGCUACGUUUAAGAGUAAGAGGAAAGUUUUGGAGCUGUUGGAGUUUAAUAAUGUGUCUGGUUUGGUUAGAGAAGAAAAUGAUGUUUGUUUGUUUAAGGAAAAGGUAGUUGGUGUUCUUAGAGAGGGAGGGUUUGAUGAUAAAAGGCCGUCGAAGUUAUCGAUCGAAGAGUUGUUGCAUUUGCUUGGUUUGUUUAAUGAAGUUGGAGUUUAUUUUGAUCAUCAUGGGGAGGUCAUGAAUGAAGAUGAUAUUGAUGACUAAUAGCGAAAAAUCGGGUGAGAGAAUGAGAAAGAAAGAAAUGUAAACUGGAUAAGAAUAUUGAAUAAGUUUGAAAAACUUAACUUAUCACUUCAUCACUUGUAUAUGGUCACUUUCAUUGUUUAAAUAACAGAUCAUCUAAAACGUUGGGUCGAUGAAUAAUACAUAAUAGUAGGUAUUUGUUUUGUUUCCUCCAUUAACUGCUACAAUGUUAUGGUGACAAUUCAAGUUUGUUAGGAAGAGUUGUUUAAGUUACUUUUCUCGGCCGCAAGGUGUGGUGCUGUUUGUGCUUUAAUUGUGUUUUGUGAGAAUAUAUGCCAGGUUCUGGUCUGAUAGUUGUUACUACUCAAAAAUCAGAUUGUUCUAUUGAGUCGUUGGCAAGGAGUUUCAAACGAUGGCUCUGUUUGGAAGCUGGGGCAUACCAUGAAUUAAUGUUGGUAUGUGAAUACUUGUUUGAAUUGUUUGGAUGCAAUUUGUUUGAGUGUACUUUGAUAAUGUUAUACUUUGAUAACCCUCUUACUCAGUUAUAUUAUUAAUAAGAUGUUUACUUUUUAAUCAUGAUACACUAGCUACUAGGAUAGCAAAUUUAUUAUCGGACCACGCCAAAGUAACUUAAGUCAACCAUCCUUUGCGGAUAUCCCAGCACCCGUUCUCGACCAAACCAUAAUCACACGCCCAACACCAUCCAAAAUUCAUCCAUAGUAUGUCAUUAGCAUAUCCUCCCAUAAUUGUUCAAUUCAUGAAUCAUUACUCGAAUUACAAGUGUAGUCUGCUACCAAAAACAUGUAAGUAUGGAGUGGUGAUAGAACAAAAGCCCAACUAAAUAUAUGCAAAAUUUCCCCUCGAAUUAUAAUGCUUAUCAGUCAAACCAUUACUAUAUAUAUGGUACAUGAUUACAUCAUUAUAUUGGGCCUAGUGUUAAAUUUCAUUAAAAACUCAAAUAUCCAGGCAGGGACAAACCUAUCUAGAAGUUAGCAUGAACUUGGUUUCCGCUUAGACAACUAUAAUUGACAAACCUUAAGGGGGUGUGGUCUAAUGUUAUUUUUUUCUUCUUGUUACCGCAUAUGUCUCCUUUUCACUUAAGGUUGUAUUCAUCAUCCUAAUAUCUUAGUCUUAUUAGCUAAGAGUUGUACUAAACUACAAUU